AAUGAGUUGUAACCUUGAUAAGAAUAUCAUUCAUUAGUUAGAAUGUCAUUCCGAAUGACUGUGUAAGGCUUGUUUUAUCUUCAACGACUCUUCAUUUAUAAUCUCUAGUUAUGCAGAUGCAUCUAUAAUAUGUCAAUUUUAAGAGUUUAUAUGUACAGUUAUACUGUAAAUUAUUAGUUAGUUUUAUCAUGACAUAAAAUAUACUCUUUAAGCCUUAUAAUUGUGAUAUUUUUGUAUUUAAUGUAGUACGUUGACAACUCUGUCGUAAUUCAGUAAGCACUGUAUCAUGUUUUAAAUAGUGAUAGUACCAGAUGAUUUCAUUUGUUUUUGAUAAUAGUUAUAGUUUGUUGUUCUCUAUGCUGGUUACAUUUUUUCAAAUCUAUCAGUAUUUGUCUUUUUUUAAAACUCGUUUAUUUUUCCUAUUUUAUUAAUUAACCAUAUAUUCGACGUCCUCAUAUUAUGGCCGAUGAUCAUGAGGCUAUUACUGAUGAAGAUGAUGAUUCUGACAACGGAUUUCAGCCAGAAUUGCAAGGAGUUCUUUUCAAAUGGACCAAUUAUAUCCACGGCUGGCAAAAACGUUUUAUUGUUUUAAAAGAUGGUACUCUGUCUUACUACAAAUCUCGAGAAGAACAAGGAUUUGGAUGCAGGGGUGCUUUAAGUUUAUUCAAAGCCACCAUAAAGCCUCAUGAGUUUGAUGAAUGCCGAUUUGAUGUUUCUGUCAAUGAUUGCGUUUGGUACUUAAGGGCUGAAACUCCUGAAGAUAAGCAGCAUUGGGUUGAUAUCUUAGAAGCUUUCAAGGCUGAAUCUGGUUAUAACAGUGAGUGCAGUUUACGACGCCAUGGGAGUGCUGUUUCACUUACUUCUGUGACACUUUCAGCUGCUUCUGCUUCUAGUUACAAAAAGUGUCGAGAUCUGAAAUUAAAACUUGCUGAAAUGGAAACAUACAGAGAUAUUUUAUGCUCUCAGAUGGAUACAUUACAGAGAUAUUUUGAUUCAUGUGCAGACCGUGAUCUCAAGAAACAAAAACUUGAUGAUGAAGCUGAAAAUAUCAAUGGAAAGGUGGCUGCUGUUGAUUUCAAGGGAGAAGCAAUGACUUUUAAAGCUACUUCUGGAGCAGUUCUAACUGGAUUGGCCCAAUGCAUUGAAGCUAUUACCAAGAGAGAAGAAAUGUGGAAACGUAAACUAGAGAAAGAACAUCAGCGGCUUUUAAGGUUAGAAGAAACUUGCCUUCUGUUGAGGGACCGAAAGUCAACCAAAGUUGGUCCUGAUCAGGAAGAAGGCCCUCAUAGUACACUAGGGGAUGAAGAAUUUUAUGAUGCUGUCGAGACAGGUUUAGAACGCAUUGAAGAGGAAGUUGCUCUCCGUGAGCUCCUGAGACAGUCUUCAAUGACAGAACCACCUCCAUCAUUAGAUAGUGCUACUUCUCAUCCUCUGUGGAGUGAGAUUGAAAGAGUAACUAAAGAACAAGUUCAUUAUGCAAGUCUUGGUGUUGGAGAAGGAGGCUGGCAACUUUUUGCCGAAGAAGGUGACAUGAAAAUGUACAGGCGUGAAGAAGAAUUAAAUGGAUUAGUCAUUGAUCCGUUAAAGGCUUGCCAUAUCGUUAAAGGAGUCACUGGAAGAGAGAUGUGUCAUUAUUUCUUUAGUCCACAGUAUAGAAAAGAUUGGGAGACAACGUUGGAACAGAUGACAGUUGUGGAAAAAAUUUCAGACAACAUUCUGGUAUUUCUUCAAGUCCAUAAACGUGUAUGGCCAACAGCACAGAGAGAUGCAUUAUUUUGGUCACAUACUACACACAUGACAGACCCUAAAGAUCAUGAUGGACAUGAUAUAUGGGCUGUAGUGAAUCAUUCAACUCAGUUACCUCAAUACCCACAAAAAAGUAACAAAUGUGUUAGAGUAGCUCUUACUGUUUGUUUAUAUUGCCAAACACUGAUUACACCACCUAAAGAUGGUGCACAAGUUUCUCGAGAUGAUAUUACAUGUAAAAUUACGUAUUGUGCAGUUGUUAACCCUGGUGGUUGGGUUCCUGCUUCUGCCUUACGGGCACUUUAUAAAAGAGAAUACCCAAAAUUCUUGAAAAGGUUCACUGCAUAUGUUAUCACUCAAACAAAAGACAAAUCAAUAAUGUUCUAACUUGAAUUCCUCUUAAUGUAAUGUAUCAUGUAUUUUUUUAAGUGCUUAAAAAAUAUAUAUAUAUAUAUAUAUAUAUAUAUAUAAAAUGUAAUUCAGUAUAUUCAGAUGC